AUGGCGAAUCUGGGUGAGAGCGGCAAUGCCGUCCUCCAGACGAUUCAGGCAUCGGAGGGCGGUCGCGCACUCCGCCUGCUCAAGCAGCGGCAGGAGAUGCGCGAGCGGAUGCGCGCCGCCAAAGAGAAAAUCGAGUCCAAGGGCCUGAAGCGAAGAAAUCUGACCUUCGGCGGAUCGGCAGCCGAUCGCCUCGAGGAACAGUUCAAAAAGGAAACCGUCGGUCUCGUCACCGCGCAGGACUUCCGCGACAAGCGUGCCAAGCUCGAAGAGCAACUCCGCAUCGAGCAGCGGAGUCUGUUUCCGCAGAAGUAUCAGGAGCGCCGGCUCAUGGAGAUGCGCCUGGUGACGAGCAAGCUGUCUUUCGGCGAUGAGGACGAAGCCGACGAAGUCCUCGUCCAGGUGCUUGACGAGAAGGAGAAGGAGGCGCGGCGCCGGGAAGAGGCUGCCCAGGAAAAAGCGGCCUCCGAGCCCGCGCCAGUCACCGCCGCAGGCGCAGCACUUCGCGAGGCCUCGCCUUCUCCUCCGCAGGCUGUCCAGGAUCGCGCAGACUCGCCAGACAGCCACGAGCCGCGAGUGAAGGUCAAGAAGGAGCGCGAAGCUGCGGCGGAUUCCUCAGAGGCAGAGGAAGACGAAGAGCCGGGUUUGGUGUCCAGGAAGCGCGAGGCCGUGAAGAAAGAGCGCGUCGGCGCGGCGGAGGACGUGGAGAAGGAAGAAAAGGCGAUUCUCUUUAAAAAACGCAGAAUCGGCAAAGAUCCGUCGGUCGAUACAGACUUCCUGCCGGAUGAAGAAAGAGACGCGCAAGUGCUGGCAGAGCGGAAGCGGUUGAUUGAGGAAUACCAUCGACUGGAAGACGAGGCGAAGAAGGAGCCUCUGUGGAUUACGUAUUCGUUCUGGGAUGGAACCGGGCACAGACGACGCACGCGCGUGACCAAGGGCAGCUCCGUGCUGCAGUUUCUGGAUCAGGCGCGGAAGGAGUUGGAGAAGGAGUUCAUCGAGCUGCGCGGCGUGGGCGCCGUCGAUCUCAUGUACAUCAAAGAGGAUCUUAUUCUCCCUCAUAGUUUGACGUUCUACGACCUGAUCAAGACGAAAGCGCGCGGAAAGAGCGGGCCUCUCUUCACCUUCAACGUACACGAGGACGUUCGCAUGACGAACGACAGCCGCGUGGAGAAGUCCGACUCGCACGCCGGCAAAGUCGUCGAGCGCAAAUGGUUUGAGCGCAACAAACACAUCUUUCCGGCCUCCCGAUGGGAAGUGUUCAAUCCGAACAAGAGCUACGAUACGUACACCGUACACGGCGGAGUUCAUAAGUGGAGGGGCGUGAGCAACAGCGACAUUCGCGACGCGGUCAUCUGA